GUAAUUUAAAACAUCCGGGUAAUCUUUAGAAAAAUUGGCGGUUUGUGUCCUUGCGUUACCUUUUUUUGUUUUCCAGUUCCCAGUGGACUAUGAAAUGUGUGAAAUGUAUAUUAACAAACGUCAACGUGGAUUUAACGUCAGCGGCAGCCUCUCUUAUAAUGUAACCGUUUCCUGGCAGUGUUUGUUAUUGUGAAUGGGCCUUGUUGGCGUAAGUUAGCGAAGAGUAAACGUCGUUGCUAGCAGGGAGGCUAGCGGACUAGCGGUUUUCUGUUUGCCAGUCUGGAGCUUUGAAUUCGCCUCCGGACACAAUCACGGUGCUUCUUACUCCUCUGAAUAAUGGCCAAUCCGGCACUAUUGCAGAAGAAGAAUGGACAGUAUUUGUGGUUCUCUCUUCUUGGGCUGGGAUUUCAACCGGACGUUGCAGUGUCGUCAAUCGCUGGCAAAACCAAUAUUAAUGCUAAACACAUCAUCAUGGGGCCGAACAUGUUUGACAAACCCAACAAAGAUGCUUUUUACAUAGUGACCCAUUUCCUGCUGGAGAAACUCAACCGGACACGGUUUCAUGAGGCAUAUAGGCACUGCUGGCCUGUUUUAAACCCAAAAGCAGACGCCGAGUUCCGCAAAGUUACCUGCGCUUGGCUGCGAGAAAUCAUGGAAGAAACUGCAAAUACUGGAUCCAGAGUGGUGGCAUCAUUGUUUCUCUCGCCUGGAGGCCCCAAGUUUGUCAGCUUGAUGCUUCAUUUGGCCAAGCAUGUCAUGCUGCAGGAAAUGAAGACCUUUGCUACAGAUGGCAGCUGGGUACCUGAGGCGGCGGCAAUGCCGGCUUCGACGUCGAACUUGGCAAUUAAGAGGUUCAAUCUGGUCCGUGCCAGAUUUUUGAAAACUGCAGUGGAACAGGAUCGUUUUCUCCAUGAAUACCAGAGACGGGCCCAACUUUUGGUGAAGUCUAUGAGGGACAUCAAAGCAGAAGGUGUCAAGUAUGAUGAGCUGCUUAAGCGCUACAGCAAUGAUUGCACUCAGGAGGAAGGAACUUCUACAGCUGAGAAGCUCAAAAAAGUGCGCUCCCUGUGGUCGGCCAUUGAUGGAAUGUUGUCGGCCAUCAAAGAGGAGCAAAGUGCUGUGGAGAGUGUCCUGAAAGGAGACGUAGAUCAAUACACCCUUGAUGGGACGGAUCAAGUUCUUAAAAUUCCCCGCUGUCUGCUGGAGAGAAUUGAACAGCUCCCACAUCAGUUAAGUUCUGGGAAUGUGUAUGAAGCCAACCAGCUGAACCUCCUCUGUGUGAUGGAGCUGAUGACCCACGCGGCGCAGCUCUUAAAGGAGGAACGUUGUCGGGUCUCUCACGCCCCUGUGCCCCAGCUCAACCCUCAGCACCUGCAGGAGAUGUCUCGCCAGAUGGCCCGUACGCUGCAGGACCUCCACCUCAUCAGGCAGAAGAUUUCUAAGGAAAAAAUCCCUGAAGUCAGGAGUGCCAUUCAGGAUUUGGAGGCAGAGUGGGACAAGAAGUGGAUGGACACUCUGAAAGAAACACCCCUAGUCUCUUUUCUGAAUGAAGAUCCUGCUCUUGGCUUCCUCUCACCAAUGGCUCCACUGUCUUUUGAGCCGGCGGCUGAAGCGAGUUAUAAAAGCAGUGUGUUCUCCCAGUACCCUGCUAAACUUCUUGAGGAGAAGCACUUGGAGAGAGGAUCACAGGAUGACGUCAAGAUAAAUUUUUCCAACCUUAAAAGCACUUUCCCGGUGACAGUCGAGAGGCCCGAAAGUCCUGUUGUCAAGACUGAAAUGAUACGAGCGAAUACCUCUCUGGACUGGCUUUUUGACACGCCCCCAUUUCCUCCUCCUCCUCCUCAAAGAGCUGCACCACGAUCAUCGCCUCAGGUGAGUGUGAGGAAGAUGACCCAUACUGAUUGGAAGGUGACUCCCUUGAGGACAAAGACUCAGAUAUUAAACAUGGAAUAUGACAACCUUGCUGAUCAGUUUGCAGAUGCUGUAACUACAGCCGCUCCUUCAGAGGGCAGGGUUAAAGGUUUGGAGCUGGAGGCUCUUCUCAGCAGUCUUCAAAGAGAUCCCUUCUCUGCUCGUAAGCAGCUGCCACGUACCCCUGAAAGCUUGAUUAUGGAUGUCAAAAGCUCCUGGCGUAAGGCAGUCGAGGAAGACAAAGUGAAGAAAAAUCAGCCUCCUGCUGAGUUUAAUGACAGCAUAAUAGAGCAACUCACCCCGGUCAGUGAGCACCACGAUGGGUCGCCAAGCUCAGAGUCCCCAGGUUCCGACACGACCACCCAGACUGUUCCAUCAGCUGUCAGGAGCCACAGCAGGCCUCCAGUCUGCCAGCAGGGGGCCUUGCACAAGUCCAUUCUUGCAUGGGACACCUUCAUCACAGAGGCCCACGACAGCCCAGGCGGCACAGGCAGCAGUGUGGUCCACUUCAGCCUCGACCAAGAAACUCUGCCAGAAAUUCCAGGGUGCGACAGUCUGCUCAGCCUCGAUGACGAAGAGAUGAAAAGCGAAGACGACGACGAGCAACUGAUUCCCUUACUGAAGCUCGAAGUGAAGCAGCCACCGUUAAACUGCCAUCAGCAUGACGCAAGAAAUGACGGCUUGUUGAUGGAGGGCACGAGGACGCCUGAGUGCCUUCUGUCAGACUACACGCUUUCUGGUUUGGACAGAGACUGGUCGGAGGAGCCAGCAUCAUCAAAGGAAGCCACAGAUACGAUUUUUUCACUCGAUCUAGAGGCGCUGAAGACCCCUUCACCUCUAAAGAAGCAGGAGUACAGGCUUCCCGAGCUGAUCACAUUCUCCCCAAUGGAUGACAUGAAGUGUUAGCUACAGUCCAAGUGUCCAGUCUUCAGCCUCCUGUUUUU